AUGGAUACCUUACCAGAGAUCCCCAGCCAAAGACCUAGCCUGACAGGCAAGCAGGCCACCCGGGGUACUCCUGCAACACGUGCAAUGGGCUGCUAUGAGGACUCUGGGCUCCAAGUUGACCUGAGGGAAUCCCUAGCCAGUACCAGUAAGCAGAGCACUAUGAGGCCACUCUCACCUGGAGGGCAGCGCUCUCCUACCCCUCCGAACUAUCUCAGGCCUUCCACAGUCUCUCCAAGGAUGCAGAACACAAUGAGAAGGUCUAUGGAGUCAGUUCGAAUUUCAAGAAAUGAAUUGAACCACAAAGAACAGCUCAUCAACACCCUAAGGUCGGAUAAUUUAGAGCUCCAACGGAAAUUUCGAGAACUGGAACACAGUAAAGAAACCUCUUUCCAGCUUCAGGAGACAUGCUCAAAACUAGCCCAGCAGCUAAACUGCAGUGUAGAAGGUGUUGCCAGUGAGAGUGUAGGGGACAUUCUCAAGGGGAAGAUAAACACACUGACACAGGAGCACAGACUAGCUACGGCACAGGUGGACACUUGCAGGGGAGAGUUGGAGAGAGUGAGGGGAGACUUGGCUGCCACUGACGUGAGGGCCUCCAAUCUACAGUCACAGCUGACACGCAGCAAGAGUGACCUGGGCAGCAGGGAGGCAGAAAUCGGCCAACUUAAGUCUGAAAUGGAAAACCUACAACAAACAUGUGCUCGAACAGGUGCGACAAUGCAGUCUCUACGGCAACAGCUAGUAGAGGCCGAGGGAAGCAGGACCUCACACACCCUCAAUGAUCAACUCACCCAGUUGCAGACAGAAAUGGGGAGAGUCAAGAAUGAGCUCUCUGUGAAGAGUGACCAGAUUGAGGGUCAGAGGACCCAACUCUCUGCUAGACAGUCUGAGCUCGACAGUGCACAGGAGAGAGCAUCAACUGCUGAAUCCAUGUACGCAGACCUGUUUGCUCAACUGCUGAUGGUGCUCCAAUUGGAGUCUGACGACUCCAUUGACAACGAUUACCUUAUCUCACAAGUGAGCAGUUUAGCAGAGGAAUGCUUAGAGCUAAGGCUGAGAAUGGAGACAGUCACUAGUAGCAUGAAAACCGUUGAGCUGGAUUCCAAAGCAAACAGAGAGACAAUUCUCCGGCUAGUAACAGAAGCCAAGAAGCACGAGGGGCAAGCUGCACAAAUAGGGGACCUUGAGAAGUCCAUUGAGGAGAUGAAGGGUCAAGUGGUCGCUGGAGAGAGAGAAAAAGAAGGAAUGGAGGAGAGACUACUGGCAGCCAAGAAGACACUACUAGCACAGGAGAAUGAGUUUCAGGCCAAGGAAUCGAAGAUUGAAAGUCUGUCUCAGCGAAUAGUAAACUUGCAGAGAAAUUCAGACUCUGAGAAGUCACUAGCUGAUUCUGCUGAGCAAAAAUACCUGAUGCUUUGUGAAUCACUUCAAGAUACUCUGGGAGCUCAGAGCAAUGACAGCACCCUUCUACUGUCGUCUGUGCAACAAAUGAUCAAGAAUUCUGUGAACCAUGGUGAUGAGCUGACCCAGACAACGACUGAGUUGGCACGGCUACAAGAGAGAGUUGAUAAACUGCAGACUGAGCUAGCUCAAUGUAGAGAAGCACUGAAAGAUGAAAGCACAAGGGUCAAACAGCUUGCAGGGAAGAAAGUAUCAGAAGACAUCUUGACUGAAGGUGUCACCAGAGAAUUAGAGAAGCACAAGGCUUUUAUCAGAAGGCUAACCAAGGCAGUGAACCUGGACAGUGGCACGGCUGAGAUCCUUUCUGGAGACUUUGCUCAUGAUGCCAUCCUCACCAAGGCUGAGCAACUUACCAAACAUGAGACUCAAUCACUUGCCGAGAAGCAGACUGCUGUGUACACUCUCCAACGGAAGCUCAAGUCUUGUCGGCAGUCUCUGGAUAGCAAAGAGCUCCACCUUGGCCUGGUUCAGAAGAAGGUAACGGUGAUGGAAGAGCGACUAUUGAGUUAUACUCAAAAGGAAAAGGAGUGGGGAGCCUCCAUUGACAAAUUGUUAUUACAGGGUAGAAAAAUGGAAAAGAAGAUGGAACGCCUUCACACUAUAGCAACUCAGCAGAAAGAGACCAUUAUGAAACUGAAGGAGGAGAAUGCUGAUGUGCAAAAACUCAAAACCCACAAUGGAAACCUAGAAGACCGAGUGGCUCAGCUGUUAGCGACACUAGAGGAGGUUUCACAGGCAAGAGUACAUCAGGCACAGCAACUGGCUGAAGCUAGACAGAAACAGACCAACUCAAAAACGAAGACUAUCGUUGAAAGUUCUCAAGACAAGGCUAAUAUUGAAAGGCUUGGAGGAGAGCUAGAAACCUCACAGCAGCAACUGGAUGAGGCCAAACACAGAGAAAGAGAGUUGGUGUCUUUCAAGGCAGCGGUGAAGCGGCUACUCAAGGACAAUACAGAGUUACAAGAUAGUGAGGCUCUUGAUGACUACGGUGUGAUUGCCAAGCUGGAGAGAUUAUUGGCCAUGCAGCAAAGAACAAAAGAAACCACAAAAUGCCUUGAAGCUAGUUUGAGACAAUUAGAAUCAGGCUUUAAGAGCAGUUACAAUGAUGCAUUGACUCUGUUAGCAACCGAAUCAGCUUAAAAUUACCUAUUGACACUAUUUUCAAUGAAUGUGUCACAUGCAGUUGAAAUGUUUUCCUAAUCAAUGUCA